AUGACCCUGGAUGCGCCUGUACCAGAUACGCGGGUCCUGGCGAUUGCCAGCCAUGUCGUUUAUGGCUAUGUCGGUAACAAGAUGGCUACCUUUGUGAUGCAAGCCAUGGGCUGUGACGUGUCUGCGAUCAAUACUGUGAAUUACAGCACAAAAACAUCAGCUGGCGAGAUGCUCGAGCUCUACGAAGGCCUGCAACAAUCGAAUCUCGCCAACUUCGAUGUAUUGUUAACGGGAUACAUGCCUAGCGCUGAAGCAGUCCAAGCCAUAGGGAGGAUUGGUAGGGACAUCAAGUUCAACGCUGGUACAAAGCCAGGAAGCUUCUUCUGGGUACUUGAUCCAGUCAUGGGAGACAAUGGUAAAUUAUACAUCCCAGUAGACGAGGUCCCGGAAUAUAAGGCGUUGCUGCGUGAAGCGGACCUCAUUUUGCCAAACCAGUUCGAAGCCGAACUACUAUCUGAUACACCCAUCACUGAUCUCAAAUCUCUUGCUACUGCUAUUGAAGUACUGCACAAGACCUAUCAGGUCCCACACGUCAUCAUCACCUCCCUCCGUCUAACACGCGACAACCACACCAUCUCUCCCCGUGUGCCAACUAGACCAAGUUCAAAGGCCGGAACAGGCACACACACCCCUUCCGAGUCGCAACCCUUGACCGCAGCCACCUCCCACCCCUCGACCUGGGCAACAUGCAACCCAUCUUCCAACCCACAAGCACCAGUCCAAGAACAGGACGUCGAAACCCUCACCAUCAUCGGCUCCACCGCAACAUCAGACCACAAAGCCCGCCUCUUCCGCAUCGACACCCCCCAACUCCCCCUCUUCUUCUCAGGCACAGGUGACAUGUUCGCCGCCCUCACCAUCCCCCGCCUCAUCGAAGCCGUACGCGCCGGCUCGACCCCAGACUCGGACCUCCACGCCACACCCAGCUGGCGCUCCCCCGACGCCGUGCCCGCGACCGAGUUGCCGCUUGCCAAGGCCUGCCAGAAGGUGCUCGCGUCGAUGCAGGCUGUGCUUACCAAGACGGCGGAUGCGUGUCGUGAUAAGAUGGAGGUGUUUGAGAUGAGGAUGGGCAAGGUGGGGGCUGGGUUGGGCGGGGAUGCGGAGAUGGAGAAGAGGAGGCAUUUGGCGCUUACGCAGGCGAGUGAGGUGCAGGUGGUAAGGCAUGUUGGGGAAUUGCUGGAGCCGCGGGGGUUGGAGAGGUUUACGCCGAGGGCUGUGUGA